UCCAAUGGUGACAGAUAUUAUUGCAUGGCGCGAAAAUAAAGUCAGUCGUUGCCCAGUUCUUGUUGACUUUUAAUUCCAAGUCUUUAAUUAUCAAUGCAAGCAUUUCUCAAAUCAGACAGACCUAGUCUGUCAGCGGGGACUUCUCUCAGCAGCGAAGACCAUACCGGUCAAACUGCUCAUAGACGUAAGCCGCCGGCGCCAUGGGUGGAAAAAUAUCGGCCUAGGAGCAUUAAUGAGAUCGUGGAACAAAAGGAAGUAGUAUCGGUCCUCCAGAAAUGUAUUGAUGGAGCUGAUUUACCAAAUAUGCUUCUAUAUGGUCCGCCGGGCACAGGUAAAACAAGUAUUGUACUGGCUGCAGCACGCCAGAUAUUUGGAGAUCUAUACAAAGAACGAAUUCUCGAACUAAAUGCAUCAGAUGAGCGUGGAAUCGACGUUGUUCGCAGCAAAAUAAAGUCGUUUGCCCAAUUAACAGCAAGCUCCAUAAGACCAGAUGGCAAACCCUGCCCUCCAUUUAAAAUCAUUAUCCUGGACGAAGCUGAUUCAAUGACGCAUGCGGCACAAGCAGCUCUCCGGCGAACCAUGGAGAAAGAAAGUCGCAGCACGAGAUUUUGCUUGGUCUGCAAUUACGUGUCCAGAAUAAUCGAGCCAAUCACAUCUCGUUGCACCAAGUUUCGUUUCAAACCUCUGAAUGAAGAUAAAAUCAUAGACCGUUUGCAGUUUAUCUGCCAACGGGAAUGUGUAGAAAUGGAGACGAACGCCUACGGUCGGAUCGUGGAAAUAUCAGGAGGUGACCUACGGCGAGCUAUAACGUUACUUCAGUCGUGCCAAAUGUUGAAGAAAGGUGGAGGAAAAAUCAUGGAGGAUGAUCUGUUGGAGAUAUCGGGGGUUGUCCCACAGAGAUAUUUAGUCGAAUUUCUGAGUGUUUGCCGUUCAGGAAAUUAUUCGAAGCUAGACGAAUUCGUCCAGGAUUUGUCAUUUGAGGCGUAUAGCAUCGGCCAAGUAUUAGAGCAGUUCAACGAAUUCGUUUUGACACAUCCUGAUUUGAGUAGUGACCAGAAGAGCGUCAUAUGCGACAAGCUAGGAGAGUGCAUGUUUCGCUUACAAGAAGGAGGAUCAGAAUACUUACAAAUCAUGGAUCUUGGAUGCACCACUAUCUUGGCUUUCAAAAAAUAAAAAAAUGCAUUUCUCACAAAACUUUUAUUAAAGAAAAUAAAUUUGUCUUAUACCGA